AUGUCAGCAAUAUUGCACCUACGAGCGGAGACCAAGCCCAUGGAAGCGCGGGCAGCGCUGACGCCGACGACUGUGCGCACACUGGUGUCCCACGGGUUCAAGAUAUAUGUGGAGGAGAGCGCGCAGUCGGUGUUCGAGGCUGCGGAGUACGCGGCGGCCGGCGCGGAGGUCGUGGCGACGGGGAGCUGGCGCGGGGCGCCGCGCGAGCGCAUCAUCGUGGGGCUCAAGGAGCUGCCUGAAGAGGACACGUUUCCGCUGGAGCACACGCACAUCCAGUUUGCGCACUGCUACAAGAACCAAUCCGGGUGGCGGGAGGUUCUGGGGCGGUUCCAGAGCGGCGGCGGACUGCUGUACGACUUGGAGUUCCUGCAGGACGACCGGGGACGGCGGGUGGCCGCGUUCGGGUACUACGCGGGGUUUGCCGGCGCGGCGCUCGGGCUGCGCGACUGGGCGUGGAAGCAGACGCACACGGAUGCAGAGGACCUGCCGGCCGUGGCGCCGUACGAGAACGAGCAGGCGCUCGUGAGCGAGGUGGCGGCGGCGUGCGAGGAGGCGUACAAGAAGGGCGCGCGCAAGCCGCGCGUGCUGGUGAUUGGCGCGCUGGGUCGCUGCGGCAGCGGCGCGGUGGAGCUGCUGCGCCAGUGUGGGCUGCACGACAAGCAUAUCAUACGCUGGGACAUCGCGGAAACCGCACGCGGGGGGCCGUUUCCGGAGAUUGCAGCUGCGGACAUAUUCAUCAACUGUAUCUAUCUGUCGCAGCCCAUUGCGCCGUUUAUUAACAUGGAGCUGCUGGACCGGCCCGACCGCAAACUGAGGACGAUUGUCGACGUGUCGGCAGACACCACGAAUCCACACAACCCCGUGCCGGUGUAUAACGUUGCCACUGUUUUCAGCAGCCCCACCGUGGUUGUUCCGACCUCGCAGGGUCCCAAGCUGUCCGUCAUUUCCAUAGACCACCUGCCCUCGCUCCUGCCUCGGGAAGCCUCGGAGGCGUUUGCGUCUGACCUGCUGCCAUCGCUGUUGCAGCUGCCAGAGAGGGACACGGCGCCUGUAUGGCUCAGGGCCAAGGAGCUCUUCCAACAGCACUGCGAGCGGCUGUCAAAAGAGGCGAGGUUAUAA